UAAUAAUUAUAUAAAAAUUCAUGCUGCAUUUCAGAUUUUCUUCUGAGCACACAACAGGAUGGAGGAACCAGAAGUAUCCACAGCAACACGUAUGGGUUCAAUACGGCACCAACACGAGACAGUGGCCUCUGCUGAUGAUGAGGACAACGCCUGGGAUGUUGAUCCGGAAUGUUCAAUCUGCUUUUCCGCAUACGACAACUCCUUCAAGACACCGAAGCUUCUUGAAUGUACCCAUACCUUCUGUCUGGAAUGUCUGGCUCGUUUUGUAGCUAUUUCACCGGAGCAGGCAGGGACCCAGAUCACCUGCCCCCUUUGUCGGCAGCCAACGUCCGUGCCUGAGCAUGGUACUCCGGAUCUGGCCACCAGCCAGGAAGUUUUGGGUCAACUUCCAAGCGACCAGCAACAAGUGGAGAAAGUUUUCCUAGAUGGAAAGAGGCUGUGCUACUCAAACCCAAUGAUACCUAACUGUAUCUGCAUUGACAUUGGUGAGCAUAAAGCAGAAGAGCCGCCGAGGAGCGAGGAGAGAAGAGAGGGUUGUGGACACAGGUUGCUGCGAUUCUUAGGUUUUCAUGGGAACUGGAAGAGGCUUGUGGUCUUCAUCAUAGUGCUCCUCGUGGUCUUCUUUGUUAUACUGUGGCCCCUCCAGUGCGUUGUUAUCUCAGGCUCAAUGUCAGAAUGCUUCUUGGAACAACCAGUGAUUCCAACUACUCUCGGAUCUCCCAGACCUACAGAGGGUUCCUAAGACACGCAGGCGCACACAAGAAUUUUGAACAGUUUAAAUUUCACGAAUUGCAAAAGACAUUCAGAUGGUGUUGGCUUCAGUCUAAAAACAUGACUGACAGGAUGAUAGCGCUAUAGAGGCCAAAA